CUUUAGUCACGUCGCUGUCACGAAUUGCAAUUUUUAUAUCAAAAAAAAAAGAAAAGGUUUAAUCACUAUAUCAUAGGCCUGUACGGUGUCAGUCCAGCGAUAAUUACGGAGAACACAAGUUGAAAAUAAGUGGACAACGAAUAAAAUAUAAAAGCCACGAACUUAUUUAGAAAAUUAACAGGAAAGGCAUUUCGAUUUAGAUUGCAAGUUGUUGGAAGUCGCAUAUAUACACAUAUACACACAUAAACAGUGAAAAUGACAUCGCUGGAUCAAAAUCGCUUGCAAAACUUUAAAAACAAAGGAAAGGAUCAAGAUGAGAUGCGUCGUCGCCGCAAUGAAGUUACCGUGGAAUUGCGCAAAAAUAAGCGCGACGAAACGAUUCUGAAGCGUCGCAAUGUGCCCAACCUGGACUCCAACACAGAUGAGGAUGAGCAAUUGCCCAACUCGAUAAAUCUCAAGAAACUUGCUCAGGCCGCCGCUGAUCCAUCGAAACCGGAUCAACAGUUGGCCGCCGUUCAAGCGGCACGCAAAUUGCUAUCAUCGGACAAAAAUCCACCCAUCAAUGAUCUGAUCAACAGCGAUAUAUUGCCCAUUCUGGUUGAAUGCCUGAAGCAACAUAAUCACACAAUGCUCCAGUUUGAGGCCGCAUGGGCAUUGACCAACAUUGCAUCAGGGACUUCCGAUCAAACCAAUCAGGUGGUUGCUGCAGGUGCUGUGCCGCUCUUCCUUCAAUUACUGAACUCACCCGCUCCGAAUGUCUGCGAACAAGCCGUAUGGGCGCUGGGCAAUAUCAUUGGCGAUGGACCCUUGUUGCGUGAUUUCGUUAUUAAGCUUGGCGUUGUGCAGCCGCUGCUGUCGUUCAUUAAGCCCGAUAUACCCAUAUCUUUCUUACGUAAUGUCACCUGGGUGAUUGUGAAUUUGUGCAGAAACAAGGAUCCGCCGCCACCAGCUGCCACAAUACAUGAAAUCCUGCCUGCACUCAAUGUGCUGAUCCAUCACACUGACACAAACAUCUUGGUCGAUACGGUUUGGGCCAUCAGUUAUUUGACCGAUGGCGGCAACGAACAAAUCCAAAUGGUUAUCGAUAGCGGUGUGGUCCCCAAGCUGAUACCGCUGCUGGGCAACAGCGAGGUUAAGGUACAGACGGCAGCAUUGCGUGCUGUGGGCAACAUUGUUACCGGAUCGGAUGAGCAGACACAAGUGGUACUCAAUUACGAUGCACUAUCGUAUUUCCCAGCGCUGCUGUCGCAUCCGAAGGAAAAGAUACGCAAGGAAGCUGUCUGGUUUCUAUCGAACAUCACCGCCGGCAACGAAUCCCAGGUGCAGGCUGUCAUCAAUGUUGGCCUGCUGCCGAAAAUCAUUGACAACCUAAGCAAGGGCGAAUUCCAGACACAGAAAGAGGCAGCUUGGGCCAUAAGUAAUCUAACCAUUAGCGGCAGACCCGAGCAAGUGUUUACAUUAAUCAAGGAGGGUGUUAUACCGCCAUUCUGCGAUCUGCUCUCGUGCCAGGACACACAAGUGAUCAAUGUUGUGCUGGAUGGUCUCAACAAUAUGCUCAAAGUGGCUGCAUCACAUGUGGAGGAGGUUGCCAAUUUGAUUGAGGAAUGCGAAGGACUCGCCAAAAUUGAACGUCUGCAAAACCAUGAGAAUAUUGAGAUCUACAAGCUGGCAUACGAAAUUAUUGAGAAAUACUUUACAGAGGGCGAACAAUCUAACCUGGCACCGACUUCUGAUGGCACAGAAUACAACUUUGAUCCGAAUACAGACAAACUACCAAUGAACUCGUUCAACUUUUAAUACCAAUGGCUGAGACCAGUACCGUAUGCACACACAAAAAACAAACACACACACACACUUCUGAUUUGGUGUAUACUCGAUUGAAAGCAUAAAGCAAUACGAUUUCGAGCGAUACUCUGCCCAUUUACCAACAAAAAAACAACAGCCACACUGACAGCGAAAAAAAAGGAUAAUUAUUAUGCACAUUCUAUAUGACAGCUUGGUUAUAUUAUACAAUAACAAUUAUACAUACACACACAAACACACGAACUAAAAUCGUUGCAGCAAAACAGUUUUUUUUUUUAAAUAAUUUGUGUUUUCAAACAUACAUAACUCUAUGUAUGUCAACAUAUAACAAAAUAAGAACGAAAAAAAUUAUGAUUUGUUAAACUUUGUCUGAUGCAUGUUGCAAUAGCGAAAUCCUUUUUUAGAUUAUUUAUGUUUUCAUUCAAUUGAAUAAGUUUAAAAAUCAUAUGUCAUUCAAUAUUUAGUAUAUACUUCUUCAAACGGGCUGUAAAGGCGCAAACGAAAUAUUGCAACUGCAACAAAUGUGCUAAAAAAUAAAGCAAAAAUAACAAUAACAAACAAAAAAUUACACAGGAAUGAUAAAAUUUGUAGAACUAUUUGAUUUGUAAUGAAUAAUUUUAAUGACAUGUACGCCUUUGAUUUGUAAUUGAAAUUACAUAUACAUUUCUAACAUGAAAAACGAUAAAAAAAAA